UUCCAUUCGUAAUUUCUAAAGCUGAAAAAUUGAAAAUAACUUUCGAAUUUGUUUGCAUGCAGCACUGUAAACUGCAGGUUCACAGACGCCGAGACAAUGCUUGACUUCACGCCGAGGCCAGUGCCCAAGCAAAUUUACCUGCCAACUUGCCAAAUCCGGCGGCCUGUUCUAUUGCUGUCCCGUUUCACCACACGAAUGCUCCAAUGGACGAAAGGCGUAUACUGCGCCCGGCUCGUCAUUCCCACAAACAUGCAGCAUGAAUUUCAACAGCUGCCCUCCAGGAUACAGCUGUCAUCCAUCUGCCGAUGGCGCUUCAACAUUUUGUUGCUUGGAUUUAGCAGCAGCGGCUGAAUGUCCCGAAGGUGCAUCGCCCUAUCUCUACGCCAAUCGGCCGUUAGCCUGUCCAGCAGGCUCGACGCGUUGUCCGAGCGGUUACUCAUGCGUCAGAUCUACAGUGUACAGUGUGCACCUCUGUUGCUCAGUUUCAUUUUCGCCGAUGCCUUUAUGCACUGGUGGUAUCGCAUACAUCGAUCCAAUAUCCAGUGAGCCACAGUCCUGUUCGCCGUUGAUGAAUAACUGUCCACCAGGCUACCAGUGUCAAGAGAGCUCAGCAGUGGGCCAUUAUUUGUGCUGCACCUCCGGUCAUCUGAACACACGUUAUUCCGGUUAUUGUCCGAUUGGUCAGAUACCGUAUGUUCGAUAUGCAAACGAGGAACCACGAAUUUGUCACAUGACACUACGGCCAUGUCCAGUGACAGCCCAGUACAUGUGCAUCUAUACAGAGGAUGUUUUUGGCUGUCCAGUGGGAUCGCGGCCCCUGAUGGACCAGUCUAAUCGUAUUCAAGGCUGCAAUCCGGGAAUGUGUCCUAUGAUGUACUCUUGCCACUACAGCACCCAGUAUUCGCGGUACCAGUGCUGCUCAAGCAUGACAGCCAGUAUAAGCAUGUCACCUGCAAUGGCUGAUAUUGGAGAUGCUUCACAGUGCGAUGUUGGAUCAGCCAAGAUUAAGGGUCGCUGCAUGAGAUUGCUAUAUCUGGGUCAAAAGGGCUGUGAAGAGAAUGAGCAAUGUUCAAUGCGUUUGGCCGAGUCGCGCUGCGAGCGCGGUUAUUGCGUUUGUCCACGACACAAGCUAAUCCAUCAGUCCAAGUGUGUUACGCACUGUCCAGAAGGAUUCAUAGAUAUAGCGGCGCGUUGUCGUGAUCUAACCACCAUUGUAUUCAUGGAUUCGGUUGAUGAGCGUGCGAAUGGUACCAUCGGUGGUUUUUGCAAAGGAACAGUUAUUGCAGAGGAGCAGUGUGACAUCGUAAAUUCUUACUGUAACGAGAAAUCAGUUACGUGCCAGUGUGAACCUGGCUACGAACUGAGUAUUGAAUUCAGCAAUCCUAACGACACGGUAAGUACCACAGCAAGCAAGCAAUCCUAGCG